GAAUUGGAGUAAAAAUCAUCGCGUACGUUUAGUGAAGUGAUUCCGAAGAAAUAUUUUUUGAAUAUUUAUUGACAUUAAGAUGACAAAAGGUAAAAAGUUUAUCUCUUGUCGAAAUACGUUAUGGAUCUUGGCUUUCUGGGGCUUCGGUGUAAACUAUAUGCUGAGAAAUAACUUGAAUCUCGCAAUUGUCGCCAUGGUUAUACCACCUAAAACUUCUGCCAUUGACUCUGAAUGUGUGAUGGAACAUUUAUCUAAAAAUAUCAGCAACCACAAUUAUCAAGAUUUAAUCAAUAUUUCCAAUGCUGAGACUUUGAAAACUAUUUUGAUGGACGAAAAAGGUCUAGACGAUCGUUAUCCAUGGAACGAAUACCAACAAGGAUUGGUGCUGGGCGCUUAUUAUUGGCUCCAUUGGGUAUUGCAGCUCCCGGGCGGAUUAUUGGCUCGCAAAUAUGGCACGAAGCUGAUCUUCGGCUUGGGCAACGUUCUCGUCGCCUUCCUUGGCUUCUUCAUACCCGUUGCUACCCGCUACAGUCUUAAUGCUUUAAUUUUUCUAAGGGUUCUUCAGGGCUCAAUAGCUGGAGUGGUAUGGCCAUCGAUGCACGACAUGACAGCCAAGUGGAUACCGCCAAACGAGCGUAGCAGAUUUGUCAGCUCGUACUUAGGUAGUUCCGUGGGCGCGGCGAUCACUUACCCCCUGUGCGCCACCAUCAUCGCCGGCUAUGGCUGGGAGGCCGUCUUCUACGUCACGUCAAUCGUUGGCGUCGUGUGGUACAUCUUCUGGCUGUGCCUGGUGUACGAUUCGCCUCGUUUACACCCACGCAUCUCGAUCGAGGAAAAGGACUAUAUUCUGCGGAGCCUCGCGGAGAAAACGGAGGAAAAUGACGAGAUAUCAGUGACGGGGAAUAGAAAAGUGCCGUGGAAGGCAAUUCUAUCGUCGAUUCCAUUCUGGGUGACGAUUAUGGCUCAUUGGGGUGGCGUAUGGGGUUUCAUUACCCUGAUGACCCAGGCUCCUUCCUAUUUCAAUUACGUCCAGGGAUGGAACAUCAAUGCGACGGGCGUGCUCUCGGGCUCACCCCAUAUCGCUCGUAUGGCCUUCUCCUAUCUCUUCUCAAUGCUGAGCGACUGGCUACUUCGAACAAGACGUCUGAGCCUCAGUGGCGUACGGAAACUGGCGAACCUGGUGUGCGCGGGCGGCCAGUGCCUAUUGACGAUCGGCUUGAGCCUCAGCGGCUGCGAGCCUGCCCACGCCGCCUUCUUCAUGAUCGCCGGCACGGCUAUAAACGGGGCCGUCUCCUCCGGGACGAUACCCGCUUUCGUCGACCUGAGUCCCAAUUACGCGAGCGUCCUCUUCGGCAUCUGCAACUUAGUCACCACUCCAGCGGGCUUUCUCUCCUCCCUCGUCGUUGGCAUCCUCACCAAUAAUAACCAAACGAUUGGGCAAUGGCGUCUCGUAUUCCUGAUAUCCGCAGCCAAUCUGAGUCUGAGCUGCAUCAUUCACUUACUAUGGGGUACUUCGAUGCAACAGCCUUGGAAUAAUUAUUUUAUUACAAAGAAGAGUUCGACGGAUACUGGAACUGAUUGUAAGGAUGGUGAAGAAUUGGUCAUAUUUCUGGCGAAUAAGAGCGAUACGAAGGAGGAUGAAUUAAUGCAAGACAAAUGUAAAAAAGAUACACAUUCAGACAGUAAAAUUAUUAAUACAAAAGUAUUAAAAUCCAGUGCGGGAGUUUCCGAAUCCACCUGA